CGCUUCGUGUUUAAGUGACGCUUGUAGGUCGUAGGCGGCAGUUGAUUGUUGUGCACGCGGGGCAAUGGGUAUCGAUAUCUGCCACAAGUACGAUAGGAAAGUAAGGAGAACCAACCCAAAGAGCGACGAUGUCUAUCUACGUCUGUUGGUUAAAGCCUACAAAUUCUUGGCUCGCAGAACGGGCUCGAAGUUCAACAAAAUAAUAAUGAAGAGGCUUUUCAUGAGCAAAAUCAACAGACCUGCACUGUCAUUAGCACGUCUGAUGCGUUUAAUGAAAAAGCCUGGACGAGAAAAUAAGAUCGCUGUUUGUGUUGGGACUAUUACCAACGAUACAAGGAUCCGAGAGUUUCCAAAGAUGAAGGUUUGUGCUCUCAAAGUGACAGCAGCAGCUCGUGAACGAAUUUUGCAUGCGGGUGGUGAAAUAAUAACUUUCGAUCGCCUGGCUGUUCUGAGCCCUCUUGGGAAAAAUACUGUACUAAUUCAAGGACCUAGGAAGGGUCGCACGGCAGUUAAGCACUUUGGUCCUGCUCCUGGUGCACCUAGUAGCCACACACGACCCUAUGUCCUCUCAAAGGGUCGUAAAUUCGAGAAAGCUAGAGGUCGUCGUGCUAGUCGAGCUUACAAGAAGUAAAUUUGUACAUGAAAAAUAAAUGCUUUUAUUGGAGCG